AUUGAGCGCGUUUUCGUUAAUUCAAAAUGUUUUCUCAAGAAGGCGGAAAAGUGAAUGCCAAAUUUUGCUUUUUUGAAUAGUGAAUCGAUUCAUAUCUUUCUUUUUACGAUGAGUAGCGUAGCUAAUACGUGAAGCAGUACAAAGGAGUGAUUUAACAGUGACUUUUCCUUUUCUAAGACUUGUUUAGGUUGAGAAAGUAUGAAAUGAAAAGCAAAUAGUGUCUCGAAGCCGGUGGUAUUGCAAAUUCAACAAUUCGUGUCAGUUCAAGUGCUGAAAAAUUAUUUGUUCCUGAAAAGUGUUCUCAAGCAGACAAGAAAAAUAGAAUGAAUAAUAUGAGUUUAGCGGUAAAUAAAACAAUGAAGGUUGUACUUUUAGCGCUGUUGGUUACGCUAAACGUAGUCCACUGCCAAAAUAGUGGGAACGAGGCACGAUUAUUCCAGCCGAUAGUCAAGACAUCCGGAAUUGUAGCGGCAUCCGACGAACAUGGGCUGGAGCCGGUAACUUCUGCGGGUGACGGAUCCAGAACCGAAGGAUCGAGGUCUCUAAGAAGCAGCUACUAUGGAGGCUCACCCAAUGAACGACUAUUUGACUUUGGGUUGCUUGGCAAACCCUAUUAUGGCAACCGAGGUUAUUAUCCGCAAGGAGGCUAUUAUCCACAGACCGGUGGUGGAUACUACCCACAGGGAGGCUACUAUCCACAAGGGGGAUAUUAUCCGAACAACCAAGGAUACUAUCCGGGAACGAACCAGAUUGGAGGAAAUCCUUAUGGCGGCUAUGGCGGGGGCUACGGCGGGUAUGGCGGCGGCGGCUACGGUGGAUAUGGCGGCUAUGGUGGAUACGGAGGUAACGGAGGUCUACAGUCGUACCUUGGCUACAACAGUGGGAAUUACUUCGGCAACCGUAAUUUAGGCUUUGGCUACUACUCCGGCACUAAUCCGGCCGGCAUAUCGAGCUCAAGCCUGGUGAGCGGUUACCGAGGUUACAACUGAUUAGUGGUCAUUUAUGUGUUGUGAUGUCCCGUUCAAAGUACGUGUGAUGGCUUUUGUGUCCGUUUCGUGUAACGUUACUAAGGUGCUUAAAUUGUGAUAAACUUUUCUGUAAGCGUAAUCAACAUUACCAAAGUAAUUCAAAGGCAUAGCAAAGGCAUGUCAAUUGAAUAGUUUAAUAUGAAUCAUGUUGAUGCGAAUCAAAUCAAAGGUAAAUACAAUGUUUCAUUUAUCAGAUGCCUAAACAAAACAUAUUCGAAAGUACAACAGAAGUGAAUCAAAAUAAUUUGAGCUUUAUUUUAUGCCUCCGGAAAUGGUUGAUAUAUCAUAUCAUUAAUCAUAUUAAAAAUAUGUCAAUACCCAACGAAAGAUAAAACUGAUGUCAUUGUAAUUAUAGAUAUUUUUUUUUCAUUCCAACCUACUGGCGCUAAUUGCGUUUAAUCCAUAUACAUUUGUCGCUUCAGUGCGGAAAGCACAAAAAUAGACAGUUUAAUUAUCCCAUUAAUUACUUUUUGCUGGUUUCUGAUUUCAUUAAAACAUGUAUCGACGGUAAUAAAAAGGUUAAACAACAUUAUAUGUACCUCGUGCUUGCUCCAAAAGAUCUUGAAUGCAUUCCUAAUAUAGUACCAAGCACGUUCGGAAAAUGUUUAACGGAUUUUGCAUUGCGUACAGCUUGCAUAUUGUUUUGUUCGCGUCAAAAGCUGUUUGCUCUAUCUGUUUGACUCAUGUGCUCGGUAAGCGUUCAUGUUACUUACCCUACAUUGUAAAUGUUUUUUGAGCAUUUAACGUAACAAUUAGUAACUUUGUUCAUUUUUUUACAGGCGUCUUUUGAGCCACGAGGAAUAAGGCCGACAUGAAUAUUGAAACGAAUCAAUAAAAGUUUGCCACUA